UGUUUUAAAAUGAAGGCUCACAAAAGCAGGAUUAAGCUGUUUAAUGAACUAACUAUAUGAUCAGACUAAUUCAAGCUUGAUUUAAAAGGGUACCUGGUGGAGUUUUUGACAAAUAAUUGUGAUAUGGAAUAUUUUUAUGAGUGGGACCUGUUUUCUUUGUGCAUGAGGAUGCACAUGCCUCUGCUCUCUGGUAGACACUACAUGUAUUUUGUCCACCAUAACAAUCCAGUUUAAAGGAGACAUAUCAUGCUUUUAAAAGCGUUCCUUUUUACAUAUAAAUCGUACAUUUGUGGUCUAUAUAAAGUGGAACUGCAAUGCUUGGGUCUGAAUUCCUUAUUAUUAUAGCUCCACAGGCCCCUUUUCUACCCCUUUUCUGAUGUGCGUCUGAGAGCAACUCGUUUUAGUGCGUUCUCUUUAAAUGCAAAUGAGACACUUCAUACCCCGCCCCCUCUCCAGGUUGCAGAGGUGACACUCGGUUCAACUCCACCCCAUUCGGCCACUUUUGUAGUUUGAUAGCAGAGAUCCGAUUAUCUAGCAGCACAGAAACUUUUGGACAUCCAAGAUUUGAGUCAACACAGAAAACAUUUCAUCAUUGGAUAGUUUUUCCGUUUUAUUAAAGUGUUGUUUUAUGUCAGCUUAAUACCCGGAACGCUUUUCAGAAAAGAUAAGGCAACUUAUUUAGCACAGUUCACACGGUAAUUCAGAAAACAAUAUCUCCGAAUGCUCCACAUUAAACUUUGGCCUUCUGACCUUUUACCACCGUAUCGAUUUAUUUUGAUUAAAAUGUGCGAGGGAGAGAGAGCAAGACAGCGUCCAGUUUGGAGACGGUGAAGUCUUGUUUACACUUUCGCCUGGCUCCGAAGAGAGAGAGUGCGCGCGCGUGUGACCGAGUCUCGCUCUCUGCUCGUUCUUUCAGUUAAACACACGCCCUGUCACGCGCAGCAGUUCAUCUACAUUACUCACCGAUCAAAUAAGAUUUUGGCGGGACAAAAAAAAAAACAAAUUCAAUGCAAGAAAAACCCUGUUGUUGCUGAAGUAGUUAACCUUGAAGUGCUUCGCGUUCGCGCACACAAAAAUGACUUUACCUACAGAUGUGGGUACAUUUCCGUAAAAAAUAAAACUCAACCAGGCACUUCGAAGAGGUUCUGAUGCUGGGAGACGGUGUAAUGAAGCGUGUGGGUUACUACAUCCAACAACCGAACAUUUUGACUUACCCUCUCGUAACUUCUGCAUCCUUGAGCUUGGACUACAACGACCUAAUUCAGCACAUAAUCUCUGUUCACUUUUCAUUUUUUGAGGUAAUGUUGUUAAAACGGAUUUUUUAAUAAAAUUGGUAUCGGGAAAAAUAUCGUUCAGGAACCGGUAUCGAAGUCAAGGUAUCGGUAUCGAAUUUCUUUAAACGAUACCCAGCCCUACUUUUAGACAAUAAUUUCAACAACAACAACAACAACAUGCCACAAGCCUGUAGGUGUGGUUGGUAGAAGAGCUCACCAUGUUGGCCGUGACAUCUGGAUCCAGCUGAAGACGAAGAUCGCCAGAUGGAGACAUUGUCUGCACAGGAUCAAGAAGAACAGUACUUAAUGUAGUAAAGCCCAAUUAUGUCAUUCCCUAAUUUAAAAAGUAGAUCCAUCUCUCACUCACCUCAACAUCUGCAGUGCUCAGGUGUGGAUUGAUUCUGUCCCCUUGAUCUAUGUGGUCACUGGUGAAAGCCAAAACCUGAACAACCAGGAGUAACUUUUAGACAACAAUUUCAAAAAACAACAUGCCACAAGCCUGCAGGUGUGGUUGGUAAAAGAGCUCACCAUGUUGGCCGUGUCAUCUGGAUCAAGCUGAAUAUCGCCAGAUGGAGACAUGGUCUGCACAGGAUCAUGAAGAGAUGGCACAAACACAGAGUAAAAAAAACUGUACUCAAUGUAGUAGCCUAAUGGGAAAUUAUGUACUUUUAAUAAAAAAAAAAUUAAAAGAAAAUGACUCUCUCACCUCAACAUCUGCAUCUCCUGAACCAUCUGCCACCUUUAAAGGAACAUCUUCAGAGUCCAGAGAAGAGAUCGAGGAGGAACUGGCCAAGGGUAAGCGGGUCCGUGUGAGACUUCUGAAGGAGACCACGCCUCCACGGUCGCGCUCUGAGGCGGAGGACGCCAAAGCAACACAUACAAAUCAGAAAAAAGCUGCAGAAGAGGCCAAACAAAAUAAUCUCUUAACCUUGCUAAAAGAGAGAAAAAUUAGAAGAAAACAGUCUCCACUCUGCCCAACUCCAAGCAAGAUAAUGAGAGCUCAUACCCUGUCUGACUCAUUGUCAGAAGAGGAUGAUGAUGAUGAUGAUGAUGGUGGUGGGGUUGUACCAGAAAAACUUUUUGAGGAGGCUAAAAAGAAGCAACAGCUCUACAUAAAAAAAAUAAACAAUAUGUCUCUGCAACUGCAGGAAACUAAAAACAAGUUAGAGGAGCAGGAGAAACUCAGAACAGAAAUUGAGGCAGAGAAUAAAGAACUACGUUCUCUAAACAUGCAAUUGCAGCAACAAUUGCUGAAGGCACUGAAAUCCUCAUCAACAGCAAAGUGCAGUGACCCUGGAGCCCCAAGCCCAAAGGAGACCUUACAAAAGUCUGGCUGUUUGAAUGAGGUGGAACCCUCUGUAUCUUCAGAAGGAGAUGAGAUUCAUUUGGGGGGAGAUGUUCGAGUGCGCAGAGAGGCCUGGUCAAGGAUUCAAAACAGCACGCGGGAUUCCUUAUUUGUGAAGGAGUUGGCAGUGGCAAUCUGGGGCACUAAGACUCUGGCGGAAAGGAGUCUCACAGGGAAGGAAUGCCCCACAACCAAAACCAGCAGGCAGCCUUUAACCCCCCAGAAACUUCAGACAUUAAAAGUCUGCUUCAAGGAGUGGCUUGACAAAAAGAAUGUGGAGGAGACAGAGUCGCAGGCCAGAUGGAUAAAGGCCGGACGGUUCAUUACAGAAAAAAUAAUGGACAUUAACAGACUAAAAAAAAAACUUUAAAAUUUGACUAUGUGGUUCCAUUUGAGACAAAAAUGAGUCGACUGCUUUGUGCUUUGUACUACACAUUUGUCCUUGUCAACAGUAACCUGCUAACAGUUGCCUACCUUUUCAGAUAGAUUAGUACAUGUUGAUGUGUAUGUUCUUUGUUUAUUUGUUCUGUCGUCCUGAGUGUUGUUUUUUGUUAAAUAAUUGUUAUUAUUGUUAAUGUUUACUUGUUAUUAUUAAA